CAGCCCGUGUCGUGUGGGAGAAGGCGUGUGGGGACUCUAUAUAUUUACACAUAAAUAGUAAAACAGUGAUAAAGGGUGGAGUGGGGCUGAUUAGGGACCAAAAAGGGGAUCUACGCAUUGAGGCAGAGGGCGUAUCAUCUGACUUUGCCCAGGCAGAAGAUCCUAGCCAGGCCAUGGCGGAAGAGGAGGUUUUUUACAGGUUACUUUGAUGAAGAGAUUUGAGGUGAAAGAUGGAAGUAAAAUAUGCUUGCUAGCUGAAUUCUCAGCCAACUUUUCAGUCAGCUAUGAAACCACUGCUAAAAAGGAAGCUACAGUUUUGUUCUCCCUCCCAGAGGAUGCAGAUGUAGACAACCGUAGUAAUUGUAAUAAUAUGACUGCACCAUUACUGGUAGUAGGCUUUGGGGAUGGUCAUUCUCUCAGCAUGAACUUCUCGAGGCACAACGCAUCAUACAAGAUGGAUGUACUGACUGUUUCUUGCAAAUGGAGUGACCAUACAUUUUUUCCAAAUGCAAGUUCCAAUGGUACCUUGGUAAAGUCUUCCAGGUUGAUGGACAUCAGUGCAAAAAUGAAUACAACAUACAGGUGUAUAAGUGAUUCUACUGUGCACAUGAAAAAUGUAAAUGUAACUCUGAGCCAGGUUCGAAUGGAAGCUUUUCCUCCAAGUAAUAAUUUCAGUAAAAUUGAAACUAAAUGCCAGGCUGAUAUAACUCCAACUUCACCUGCUACAACGCUGGUUACCACCCUGACCCCAACUACUGCAACACCACCAACACAGAAUCCUGUUCUAGGAAAAUAUAAUGUCACCACUGGCAAUAGGACCUGUCUGCUUGCAGAGAUGGGACUGCAGCUCAAUAUUACGCACGUUACCCCAGAUAAUAAGACUGCAUUGAAAAUUUUUAACAUCCAGCCAAACUUAACACAUUCGGAUGGAAACUGCAGCGAUGAUCGUGCAUCUCUUCAGUUGGCAGAUAAGUGGACCAAGCUGAAUUUUGUGUUUGUUGUGAAUAUUACUACCAAUAAGUUUUACCUGAAGGAGCUCUCUAUUUCCACGCACAUUGUUUCGCCUGCUGCUGGAGGAAAGGAAUUUAUGGCCAAAAAUGAAAGCCUGAACUACCUACAGACAACUUUAGGCAAAUCUUAUAUGUGCCAUUCCGAACAAACACUGCAGGUGAACCCAAGCUUCUCCAUCAAUGCAUUUGAGCUCCAUGUUCAGCCAUUCGGAGUAAACAACUCAAAAUAUGCAACUGCUGAAGAAUGCCAAAUGGAUAAAGACAACAUGUUGAUCCCAAUCAUUGUUGGUGCAGCUCUUGCUGGCCUUGUACUUGUUGUGUUGAUUGCUUAUCUGAUUGGAAGGAAGAGGAGCCACGCUGGAUAUCAAACCAUUUAACCUCACAUAGAUUUAGCUAUUCCACCUCUGUAACUAAUUCUUUUUCAAAGAAAUGCACGCACAUUCUCUCUGGAAUCUUGGGCAUGGACCUCUGUUAAAGGGAGUUUGAGAGAAAAAUGUUUACUGACAAACGGAACCCUCUGCCUGACAACUUGCUUCUAACAUUAUAUGUUUUUAACCAUAUAUGGUGAAAUAUUUCCCAGCGCACCCUUCCCCCAUUGCCCCUCGGCCUUGAGAUGGAGUAUAAUCAUUACAGUGUCCAACUCUGGGGUCAGUGUUCCAAUUGGGGAAAAAAUGCAUGGUAGCUAAAUGCAAACUGAAACCCAAGACCUACCCCAAUUAGAAAAUGCAAUGUUGCCGGGAGGGUAUGCACACUUAAUUCGGGUUGUGAGAGAGUGGCAACUGUGUGCCAACUUUCCACAUUUCUGUUCUACAACUGGUUCCUUUAUCCCAGGAGCAGAUGCGCUGUGGACAAGGUCAAGGCUUGUUUAUGUUAUGGAGUACAGCCAACCAAGAGAGACCAGUUUUUCGGCAGAGGUUGUACUACUGUAGUGCAAGAGCACCUUGGGAAAAGGACUGUUUGUGAGUAAAUUCAUAACAUUUCACACUUCCGCUGUGUAACCAAGAGUGUUAAUUCCUGCUUUACAAAAGUAAUGGUGUGUUGUGCAAAAUUAAUUUUUUUGGCUAAUUAGAUUUAACUUUUCCAUAGGGGUGUGUGUAUGUAUACACAAACACGUGUGCCUGUAAAUUAGGCUAUUUGCAAAUUAUGCUCCCAUCCUCUUUCCUCCCUCCCUCUCCACCCCCGCCACCACACUAAAAAAAAAGUAAAUUACAAUGGCUGGAGCAUUGGUAGAUUUAAUUCGGGUUGUGUAUUCUUUAAUCAUUGGAAUGAUACCUUUAGGAAAGGACUUGUCAUCUGCUCCUUGGCAUUUUUUCCCCACAGGAAAAAAACACCUUGGUGUAGAUUGUGUUACAGUGUUUGACCUUUUUGCAAAGAAAAGCAUAAUAAUGCUCUCACCUUGCUAGCAUUUCACUAUUGUUACCAUUCACAUUGUGAUUGUAUGGACAUAAAACAAAGUGCAUUGGGUGUGAGCAGCUUUUUCUGUUUAAAUCAGUGUUAAACCUGCAACAGCUUCACUAAUUGCUGAUAGAUAAAACCAGCUGAAUGUGGAAUCAAAUCCAGAGUUCAAACUAGUUUGUGGUAGUCAUCUUGUGUAUGUGUUGUGUGAACUUUGAUCUGUAAACUUGAAGAAUGUUGGUUGGACUAAAGGAUACCCCAGCGCAUUUAGCACACACUGUUCUCACCAAUGCUCUCAAUAUAAAUAUAAUUUAAGCUUGGUUUAGCUUGAUGGCCACCUAAUUUAAAUCUGGUUUAUGGUAUUAAAAACUUUUUUCCUGGGUUAUAUUUUUAAGCUGUUGAUUUAUGCUUUUGGGUGAUCUCUACUGAGUGCUCUACAAAUGGUUAGGAGCUGGCACUCUGUUCUCUUCUCCCCGUUUUUUAAAAAUUAAUUAAACUGUGUGCAUUUUUUUUGUGACUGCACUUUUUCAGGCAUGUCUUACCGUAUAAAAUUUCAGCCUGCCAAUCGUGCUUAAGAGCUUGUUUGGGACUGUUGACUGAAGACUUGGCACAUAAGGUGUAUGCAUUGCCUAUAACCGUGCUAAUAAAGGAUUUGUUUCUCAAAGGGCUAUGUGCUGGUUUCCCUUCUGUUAAAGGCAUUUGGCCAGCUCUCCCGAUUGGAUAACAAAGGGAAUAUUUUGUCGCACAAUCACUUAUCAAGUGUUGAUCAUUUGUUAUUGAGAAAGUCUGUUUCUAAGAUUGCAUCUGGUUAGCAAGUCUUUGUAUUGGGAAGGAGGAGGCAAACAUUCUUCUUGACCAUGUAACUGCAUCAAGUCUGAAGUUAUGCUUGUAUGAUUUCCUGCAGCAUAUUUAGGGCCUUUUUGUUUUACAAGAAAUGUUUUCAUCAACAUUGCAAGUUGCUCUGUUUUUACAUGACUUGCUUGAUUUGACCUGUUUGCACUCUGUUCCAUUCCUUUUUUUGUACUUUGCUUUUUUGAGUUUUUUUGUUUCUGUAAUCUAGUUUGAUGUUGGAGAUGAAACUUUCCUGACUUGUACUUGUGCACCAAUAAAAUUAUUUCUAUUCUGUCUGCCAAA